AGCCAUUUUGGCUCAAGCUCGUGACUCUUCUCAGACUCGCCCGCAGGCCGACUGGGCGCGAUGCCAGUCACCAUCAAGGACGGGUUCAGUGUGAUCGCAACUGACGAGGACGUGUCGAUCGCGAAGAGCUGGGUCGUGAAAAAAACGUUUUCCGACAAUCGGUCGCGGGUGCUGUGUGAUCGGUUGAACGCUGGCUUCCGCGCGUUCUGUUUGAACGGCUUCGACAUGCUGGACAUGAUGCACGCCAAGCGGAGCGAGGUGUGCGACCCCCUCCUCGCCGCUGCUGCCGCCCCCCAACUUGACGAGGAGGCGGAGAUUGGCCCCCCAGCGGCCAAGGUGGCCAAGAAGGACGCCUUGGACCAGAUCCCAGGCUUCGUCAGCAUCACCGUGACCGACGAGAGCGGCGGCACCCACACGAUGAACGUCAAGUCGGCGGCAUAUCGCCGCACGCAUCUGCAGAUCGAGAUGCUACCCUCCAAUUUGGAAGUCUUGCAGAUGAAGCCUCUGGUGGUGGCCUCGGGCGACUGGGCACCCGUUAUCGACAACCCUUUGGUAUCGUGGCUCGCGUACCGCCACGCCCUCUCGGUGUCGUAUUGCUGCGCCAACAAGGGCAAGGUCCUCCACAAAUCUAUGAAAGUACCGACUAAAGGCGACGCCCAAUGCAAGCAGGCCGGGGCCGAGAAGAUCGCAGCCGUGUUGCUCGAGUGGCGGGCGCAGCACCACACGGAGCCCUCCAUUAAAGCUUGA